GGCUGAUUCCUGAGACUACGCUUCUAGAUUAUUCGCGAUCACCUCCAUUGCGGAAAGUCUAAUAAAGCAAGUUGUUUCGGAAGCAUAAAAGCCUCUCUUACAAGCUUUGUACAGCUUUAUCAGAGUCAACAAGUCAUCAAAAACAUCAUAAAGUUACUACUAUACUGUCUAAAAGCUUCAAUAGAUCGAAUCCUUAUUAAAUGGCUGAAGUAUCUAAUUCUCGCUCUCACCCAAGUCUGCUCUCCAGGGCUAGGGUAUCAUCAGUGGACAUAGCCACUGGGCCUGUGUCUCUACCUGAACCACUCAGCCCCCCACACUACACACAUCAAUCCAGUCAAGAAAGACAUACCUCCUCAAACCUGCUCCCCAGGGGCUCUUCCUCAGUAACCAGUGGCUCUAUGUCUCUACCUGAACCUCUCCCCUCUACGUCAAACCCACCCUCAUGCCAAUCCAGUGUGGAGCCACAAUCGUCACCGUCGCAAUCUCGGCAAUCGAGUAGAGAAAGAUUACAAGGUUCACCGCCUCAGCACCAGUCACCACCAGCGCACAUGAUGCCGGCUGGCCCGUCAGUUGUCACAGAAAGCAACUGGAGCCCAACUAAUCAUAAAGGUAUUGCGGGCUGUACUGCGGCUACCUUGGAAAAUUGUCGCUACAGGCUAAGAUCAACUUCUAUGUCAGACCAUGACAACGAAGAUCGACAUUUCACAAUGAAUAAGAAUAAUACUCAAAUCUUUGGUGUGUUUGAUGGCCACGAUGGAUCGCGGGCUGUUGGAUUUGCCUCUAACUAUAUGAUGGAGUUGUUCAAUAUGGACUCCUGGAAGAAAGCAGUUGAUCAGGGUCAAGAUGUCGCAUUUGUGUUGGGAGAAAUCUUCAAAGAUACAGAGAGAGAAUUCUUCAAGAGUAUUUCUCGUGAUACUAAACGCAAAGAAGAAGUUGCACGUCGUAUACCCGAGGGUAUGACCUCGUAUCAAGCCCAGCUAAAUUACCCAAUGGAGGUUGCCGAACUACAGAAGCUUGAGCCAAAGAUUACUGGCGGGUGUACAGCCGUGUUGGCCAUCAUAGUCAAUAAGCAGCUCUGCGUGGCCAAUGUCGGGGACUCCAGGGCUAUUGUCAUUAGAGAGAAACUUGAUGGGACUAUGUAUGCUGAACAGCUUAGUGUGGACCAUGGUGUGCAGAAUGAGGAGGAGCUAACUCGGCUGGAGCGACUGGGCCUGAGCAGGGAUAACCUGAAACGGGCUGGAAGGCUGGGAAUGCACGAGAAUACUCGAAGUUUCGGCGACUAUUAUGUUAAGAGAGGCUACAAGGAUGUGGACACUUUAGUGUCUGCAAGGCAACCUCCUGGUAUUGCCAUCCCCCACAUAACCACUCCGGUGACCAUAGACCAAUCCUUCCGCUACCUUGUCCUUAUGACUGACGGUGUGUAUAAAAGUAUCGAGGGUCAGUUCAAAGAGGAAGGCGCGAUAGAUGCUAACAAAGUUCUAACAAAUAUCAUUCUUAAGGAAGACACACCAGGAAGAAAUCCAGCGUUCCUGGCAGAUACUGUCCUGGCAAGAAUAUCGAAAGCUCACGAGCAAGCAUACCAAACAGCAGCUGCUCAAGACCCACGCUCAACUGUAGCUGUCAACUGCAGGAAGAGAGAUGACAUGACUUGUGUUAUCUAUAAGUUCUCCCCUCCUAAAGCAGCCCCACGUAAACGACCACAGCUAACUACACAAGAGUCUCACUCAGCUCCACCUAGCCUCAGUAGAGUGUAGAGUAGAUUAUCUCCCAUACUCUGUACAUGUGUCUCAUGCUUGUGAGAAUGUUGGUGUAUUAGUUGGUGUGUCUGUGUGUGUCAUGUGUCAGGGUUUGACACUGUACUAGUGUUGCUUAUGAUUGUUGAGAAUUUUGUAUAA